UUUGUAUUUCAGAACUUCCAUCAUGUGCCACAUUGAGUAACCGGUCUGCAGAAGAAGUGACAGUACGUGUACAAGACUACCAUUGUUCUGACUCCAUUGAGCUGUAUUUGAAGACUGGAAACGUUACAGGAAGACUGUUGAAUACAUCACGUAUUAAUACUACUGUUGGCAUGGUUGAGAUCACAGUCAAUGUAACAACAUACCUUGUAGAGUCAAAGACAUUGGUCUUUGUCUGUGGCAAUACGAGUUGGGAAAUUGCUUGUCAAGAACCCCCGUCAUGUGACAUUUUGAGCAGCCGGGCUGCAGAGAAAGUGACAGUACGUGUACAAGACUACCAUUGUUCUGACUCCAUUGAGCUGUAUUUGAAGACUGGAAACGUUACAGGAAGACUGUUGAAUACAUCACGUAUAAAUACUACUGUUGGCAUGGUUGAGAUCACAGUCAAUGUAACAACAUCCCUUGUAGAGACAAAGACAUUGGUCUUUGUCUGUGGCAAUACGAGUUGGGAAAUUGCUUGUCAAGUGAAGGCGGCGAAAGAAAGUAAUGGAAGCAAUAGCUCUGUUGUCAUCAUAGGGGCUGUCGUUGCCGGAAGCGUGUUUGUCAUCAUCAUCGUCAUGCUGGUACUGAUGCUGGUAAAGAUGAAGCAAUCACAACAGCCAGAAACACAGAGUGAUAGAAAUGUGUACGAUUCUCCUAAUGACGUUGAUGGACGAACGGAUGAAACAUCUGGACAUGAAUACAACACUUUGUACCGAACUCCCUUUGAGGGAGACAGUAUCUAUAAUGUCAUAUCCAGUUAAGUACACUGUGUAAAUAUACACGUAUCCAAACACCAUGACGGUACUAUGCUGGUGCCACAAACAUCGAAGUGAUAAAGGAGUUUUGGUAACCAUAUCUCUUUCCUGCUCC